AUGGAAUGGGUUGUGGUGGUGGAUGAGGAGGGCAAAGGAAUUAAGCUGAGGGACAUCAAGAAGGUGUCUUCAAAUUUGAGAAAGAGAGAGAUUGAUGCUGCUCUUAAAAUUUUUCAUGCUAUUCUUUAUGGGGUGAAGGUGAAGGACAAAGAUCUAAAGAGAAAUAUACUAGAUUUCUCUGGGUUUUUAUGGGGUCCUCAAGAGGAGAUGAUCUGGGGAAUGCCAUUUUGGAAGGUGAUGCAAAUCCUGGAAGGCAAGCUGGAGCUUCUAAAUCUGAGGAUUCCACCAUUAUUUGUUACCUUGUAAAACUAUACAAACAUAGAAAUAGUCAAGCUUUUUUUGGAUAGUAGUAUGAGGCAUAUUUGUAAUGUUCUCCAGUAAAAGAUGUACUCAAAAAAUUAUUGAAUAAAUAAAAUAAGGGAGGGAAGGAAUUGAGGGAGUCUGGUGUUCUUAUGGUGCUUUC